AUGUCCUGCUGUUCGUGCGUUCCGACGGGCUCGCUGGGAGUGAUUCAGAGGUUUGGGGAGUACCAAGGGCUACAGGAGCCCGGCUUCCGCUGCAUCUGUUUCCCCAUCACCACCGUGCGAGCGGUGUCCCUGGCCGUGCAGCAGUAUGAGUGCGACACAGACUGCAAGACCAAAGAUAGCGUCACAGUCACAGUCAGAACAGCCGUGCAAUACCAGAUCCAAAAGGACAUGGUGAAGGCGGCAUAUUUUGACAUUGAGGAGCCAAUGGAUCAAGUCCGAGCAGAAGUGGGCAGCGUACUUCGGUCAACUCUACCUAGCAUGACCUUGGAUGAAAGCUACGAAGCGAAAGAGACGAUGGUAGAAGAGAUCUUGACGACGGUUCGGGAUGCCAUGAAGGGAUACGGCUACGACAUCAUCAAGGUGCUGAUUACUGACAUUAAGCCCGAACAGUCAGUGAUGGCUGCCAUGAACAACAUCAACGCCCAAAGACGGCGGAGAGAGGCAGCGAUUGAGAAAGGCGAAGCUGAGAAGUUUCUGAAAAUCAAAGCAGCAGAAGCAGAAGCAGAAGCCAAACGGCUGGCAGGUGUCGGGAUGGCGGCUAUGCGUGCCGCAAUGGCACAUGGCAUUCUCGAUUCCAUGCAGUUCAUCACAGCAUCCGGGAUGUCGGAAUCUGAAGCCAUGCAGAUCAUGGUCACCACGCAGUACUUGGACACUUUGAAGGACUUCUCGAACCACAAGUCCAUGCUGGUGCCACAUCAGUGGAAACCCCCGCAUGAAGAAACAGAAGUAGCGGAGAUACAGAUGGAGCCUCCAAAGCAAUUGGAGCUGGAAGAGAUGUAAAACUGUGUAAAGCUGGAAAUUUCUGUAGAUAGCGACUGUGGAAAUCUCCUGUCAUGGAUUUGAAGAGACCGGAAGAGUGAACCAAUGGAAUUGAAAUCACAGCGACAGUAUUUGAAAUCUAGGGCUGGGAGACCACAGGAAAAGGUUUGCAGGAUAAGAUGUCCUGCUUGUUUCCUAGGCAACGGACGCCUAAUCCAGGCGCAAUCACUCACACCUGAAAAAUCGGCUGGGCAUGGGCGAAUGCGGGCAAAGUUCAAGGUCUAAGUAGUCU